AUGCAGAAAAACAUUUUGUGGAUCUUCGUCGCCGCAGCGCUUGGAGUCUGCAAGUGUCACAAUACCUGUGAUGACAGCGGAAAUGAUUCUCCGGCGAUGGAAGAAGAGGCUAGAUGUAAGGGCCCUCCAGCUAGUUCCUUAGGAAGAAUGAGUGUGUUUGGAUUUUUCUACGACCAGACUAGGGAUGAGUGUCGUCAGGUUAUCUUUGGAGAUGGUGAAUGGAAUAAGGAAAAAAACAAGUUUCAAACACUUCAAGAAUGCAGACAAGCAUGCAGAAGUAGGGUGCCCCUCUCCUGCUUUACAUCACCUGAAGCCACAGAUAAGAGAAUGAGUUCCCCAAUGUUUACAUAUAAUUCAACACGUGGGUUAUGCGAAGGCAUAUCCUCUCCAAAUGAUGACCCUGCAAACAAUGUGUUCAGGGGAGAAGAGACGUGUAAAAAAACAUGUAGAGACGCAGAGCUCGGGAAGUGUGCGCCAUCAGCUGUUUCGAAUUGCAUCAGCCAAGAGCAAGAAGCGAGUUAUUUUUAUAACGGCGAUACUCAAACAUGUGAGAAAGCCGUGGGUGGCAAAUGCGGUCCCUUUGGCAGUUUGGAUAAGUGUUAUGAACGUUGCGGAAGAUAUAUAGAGAAAAAGUGCAACAUGCCUCCACUUACGUCGAAAUAUUGCGGCAUCAAAGAAAAAAGGUACUGGUACAAUGCAACCAGUCAACAGUGCAAAGAAAGUGAAGGAUGUGAAGACGAUAUUUUUAACUUCAAAACAGCGAAAGCAUGUUGGGUGACAUGUUCGGGAGACACAGGUAGCCGAUGUCUCAUGGAUCCAGAUAAGGGAAGACUUGGAAUGUUGUUUGGAAAAACGAGGUGGUACUAUGAUAUAGAUAAAAAUGAGUGCGAAUUAACUAAACAAACAACGUACUGGAAAGGCACCGGCACUACGAACUUAUUCGCUACUAAAGAGGAAUGCGAGGGACAUUGCAAGCCUGUGCACGCGACUACUGAGCCUUCGACGAAAGAAGAGGAUCUCUAA